AUGUGUCCACAACUGCUGCUGCCCAUUGUGGGAUUGGGAUUGAUCUAUUAUUCGGCGCUGACCGCCGCUGCGCACGGCUGCGACCCGCUGACCCAGUACGAGAAGGACGGAGAGUGCUGCAAGAUGUGCGGUCCAGGGACCAGAAUGUCGUCCAGCAGUCCUUGUCUGGAUCCUCAGUGCACAGAAUGCCCGGACGGUGAUUAUCAGGAUGUAUACACGUCUGACACCAGGUGUAACCUUCAACCGUACUGUGACCGAAAUAAAAACUUCAAGAUUGUUGUCCACAAGAGCAAGAAGGUGCGAAGCACCUGCAUCUGUAACACGGGAUUCCACUGCUCGAGUGAAGAAUGCAUAACCUGUGUGCCGCACGCACGCUGUAAACCAGGACACGGAGCUCAAUCUACAGGGAACCACACGCACAACACGGUGUGUCAGAAAUGCACCGAGGGGACAUUUUCCGAAGACACCUCGUGGGACGGUGUCUGUCAGAAGUGGACAAAAUGUCCGGAUGGACUUAUGGUUGAAAAAAGCGGCACCGACGUAUCCGACAACACUUGUGUGGCAUCACGGUCACAUGCAGUUGUGAUCGUAGUUGGGUGUUUGGGGACUGUGUGUCUCCUCGUGAUCGCGGCAGUUGCCUGGUUUUGUCUACGGAAAGGUCGAUCAGGAGACGAAAGCGGGAAGGUGAAAAAGAUUUUGAUGGGCUGUUUUGAAUCCCGUUCGGGAGACGAAGAGGCGCCGGUGAGAGAAACCAGAGUGCUGAUAACCAACCCAACGGAACCAGCUGAGGAAGAGUCCCUGACGCCAGAGCUGCUGUCCACCCAAGAAGAGGCCGGUGCGAGGACACCGGAGGAAAACGAGGACGAGCUGAGCCUGGAGACACCCGACUUAGUUCUCAGUGAGAACGGAAACUUUGUGACGCAGGAGAAGGGGAAAUCGUCGAUCCUCUCCCGACAGGAAUCCCAAACGCAGACAUUCACCACCUGA